AAAAAAAAUGUACAAUAAUGUGUAAAUAAUUUACUGUAAUUAAUUUAAUAUCAAGUUUUUCUUGUGCGUAUAUUUACGCACACUCCUGACCAUGUGUAUGCAGGAACCCUUAGGUUUAGAAAAGUGUAACUGUGGAUAAACUGAUCAUAAGGAGUCCCACAGCACAACAAGACAUUUUAGAAAAAGAAAUUCUGACUUGCUCUUAAACAUGACUAUAGACUCCUGCCAGGUUUUUCAGCCAGGAGGUGCGGCAGACGUCAGUCGUCCACGUCUCACUCAGGGGUCUGUUGGUGCAAUUGUUUAUCCGAGCGUGAUGUCUAGUACACCACAUGUGGUUUAUAAUAAUUACCUUUUAACUCUUUAUCCUGCACUGUGGUGGGUUUUAUCAUGGGUAAGGGUGUUCUUAGGUGUGACACAAAGCGAAUUUAAUUUAUUUCUAAUAAUGUAUGAAAUUAGCAAUUCGUCUGACAAAGAGACCUAGCCUGUUAGCAUUAAGAUUUGGGUUGCUAAGCAAAAUAACGGCCAAACUACCAGGCUAUUCUAUUGACAGAGCAAAGGCAUAAUUUAAGGUUCAAGGUUCAUAUGACUAUAUGUUAAGAAAGUUUAGCAGCCUUUAGAGGAAUGAAAUGGGGAAUAUGAAUAUGCAUAAAUAGAAUAUGUUUUUUUUUAAAGAAAAAAAAAACAGAUAUACAGAGUUGUAGUGUGCAACUUUUUCUGUAUAGAAAUAUUCAGAGCUGUACAGUGUAAGAGGUUUUAUGUAGUGUGCAAAAAAUUGUUGUUCUAUAGUUCCAUAGGUUUAACACCAGGGCUACAUCCACCGGCUUAGUGGUUAGCACUGUUGCCUCACACCUCUGUGGUUGGGGGUUUGAGUCCCACCUUUGGUGUGGGUGUGUGUGUGUGUGUGUGUGUGUGUUCUCCCUGUGCUUUGGGGGUUUCCUCUGGGUACUCUGGUUUCCUCCCCCAGUCCAUAAGACAUGCAGCUGAUUGGCAUUUCUAAAUUGUGAAUGUGUGUGAAUGUGUGUGUGAUGGUGUCCCCUGUGAUAGGCUCCAGGGUCCCUUUAACCCUGUGUACAUAUAAUAAGUGCUACAGAGGAUGGAUGAAUGGUUUAAAACCUGGCGCAUUAAUACUCAUUAAUAAUUGCUGUGAUGCGCUUGCUGCUCAGCCAAUCAGAUUUUAGAACCGACGCUUUCCGUUCACCGUGUGUUUCUUCUUCAGGCCACAAGAUGGCGGUGCAACACUCGAGUCGGUAAACAGCCCUCAUCCGCUGAAACGACGAAGAAGACAGACGCGGCUGCUGAAAACUUCCGGGUUCGUGAUGAUUUUAGGGCUGAGAAGAUAAGAUGGAUUAUUUUAAACACACUCUGAAGACAGACUGUGAGGAUUUACUCGGGCGUUUUCAGGCCACGGCGUCUGUGCGGUUCGAGCAGUUUUCAGCCAUCUGGAGAGAAAUGAAAUUCUCCAGUGUAUUUUAUGGUAUCUUGGAGCCCAGUGAGAAGAAGGUCUUCACGCGUUUGGCUCUGUCUACAGCGUCUCCGUACCUGCUCCCUCCGUAUUCCUUCCAGAUCCGUGUUGGAGGUCUUUACCUGCUCUACAGCCUCUACAGCACUCAGCUCAACACUCCUAAAGAGCGGAUCCGCAUCGCUCUGAAGGACUGGGACGAUCUGAUACGUUUCCAGCAGGACGCGGUUAACGCGCAGCACUAUGACGUGGUGUACGUCCUCAGGAAACUGCUGUAUGAAAAAGCCUUCUGCUUCACCGCCAUGCCAGACACGCUGUCCUUUCAGGUGAAGAAGAAGAGGGUGGACAGGAGGCAGCAGCUGUGUGAGUCGUUUGUGGACCGGCCGUCGCGACCUCAGGAGCUCAUCGGCACCGACGUGCUCGAGGAGCUGGCGAACGUCCACGAGCACUACGAAGGGCUGAAGAAGGCGAUUCUUCCACAGCCGCCUCAGUCCAAUCUGAGUCUCAUCAAACACAACCUGGUGCCCAAACUGCGCAACUCCGUUCUCACGUUCUACAGCUGGCAGCAGAACCAGGCUGUGAGUGUUUAUCAAGACUUUGACAGUCAGAUUGACAGAGACGCAGGAGAAGGAACAUCAAGUCAGGAUGAGAGUUCUCGCAGAGCUCAGCUCCUGGCGUCCAUCAAAUCCAGGUCUUACGCACAAGCUGUGGAGGCUUCAAAGUCUCGGCGUCACAGACAGAUGGAGGUGACGUCAGCAGCUCAGGACACGGAGUCCACGCAGCAAGUCCCGAGGUUCAAGAGACCUCUGUCUCUUAAAGCACGCACGAACUCUCGCUUCAUGGCCCAAGGAAGCCAGAAUGCGGAGCUGCAGAGCAUAACCCGGUUAUGGCGCCUCACCGCGGUGGAGGGUAAAAAGACUGAAGGAAAAACGAAGACAAGAUUCAGCUGGAAAGAGCGCAUGCGUAGUAAACACUAAACUACAAACCCUGAUUGGACAGGCUCAUGGUGUGUCAUAUCUGAUUCACAAGGACCUUCUGACGAGUUGUGUUUGUUUGGACGAGUUCUGACAGGUUUAUGACGGAUUGUAUCUGAUUGGACAGAAUUGGAAUGAGUUUUGUCUGAUUCCUAUCAAAUAUCUGACUUUAUGAGCUCGUCACGGCUUGUAUUUUGUUAUUGGUUGGGCCUGUAAUAGAGGAGACAUGAUUGGACAGAAUUGUGACAGGUAUUAUCUAAUUCGUAACAUGCUGUGUUUGAUUGGAUAGGCUUCCAUCAGGAUGCAUCUGAUUGGACAGGCUGAUAACAGGUCAAGUUUAAUUGGCUGAGAUUGUAACAGGUCUUGUCUGAUUCAAUGGGCUUGUGACGAGACAUGUCUGAUUGGACAGGCUUGUAACUGUCUGUGUCUGAGAGAAGCAGUUUGUAAAAGCUCAUAUCUGACUGGACUGGCUUGUAGCAGAUCAUAUCUGAUUAGACAAGCUUGUGACAGAUCACUCAUGUUUGGACUGGCUUGUAGCAAGUGGGUCUGAUUGGACGGGCUUGUAACAGGUCAAGUUUGAUUGAAUAGAGUUGCAACAGGGCAUGUCUGAUUGGACAGACUCGUAACAGCUGAAGUAUGAUUGGACCAGCUUAUAGCUGGUUGUGUCUGAUUGGACAGAUUUGUGACAGAUCACUACUGAUUCUAAGGGCUUGUGACAAGUUGUCUCUAACUGGUGGGUCUCUUGCUAACAGAUGUGUUUAAUCUGGACGGGUCUGUGACGGGUCACAUUCGAUUGGACGGCCUUGCGACAGGUCUCUUCUGAUUGGAUGUUAUUCAAAAUGUACUGGAAAUACUGUAGAGAUGUAUUUUAAUAGGGACAGAUUUUUGUUUUUUAUUUUAAUGCUUAACACCCAAAGUGGAUCAUACCUCAAAACAUCUGUAAAUAUUGUGUGGGUUUUUUUGUUUUUUUUUUUAAAUGUCCUCAACAGAACAUAUAUGUAAAGUGUUAGAGAAAUGAUUAAUUAGCACAGACUUAAUGCAAAAAAAAAGGGCUUUUAUUUCAGCUGUAUUUUUACCCCAUAACAUUUACAUUGUUUAAUCAUUUUAAUGCCAUGUACGUAUAUAAAUCCAGACUACUGUCUGAUGGUCAAAUGAUUUAUAAGUUAAUGUUUUGUACAAGUUUUUAUACACAUGUUGAUGUGAAAAUGCUUCUGUAAAAAAGUCAUGGUUGUUGCCAUUUUUUGCAUAAAAAUUCUUUAGAAAUGUUUACUUGA